AAAGCCCACCGCCUGCGUGAUGGAGUCGAUUCAGCCUCAAAUUGAGGACCUCACCACGAACAUCGACGAACUCGAAAGCGCACUCCUUCCCAUCAUAAAAACCGCUCUCAGCUCCACCACGUCCAAACUUCCUCUCCUCGACAAGGCGAAACUCUACGUCCUCGCCACCUAUGCCAUCGAGUCGAUCCUUUUCUCCUACCUUCGCCUGCAUGGCGUUGAUGCCAAAGCGCAUCCAGUCUUUCAGGAACUCACGCGCGUCAAGGAGUACUUCAAUAAGAUCAAGACGGCCGAGACAGCAGGCGUAGGGAGCAAGAACAAGCUGGACACGAGUGCUGCGGGAAGAUUCAUCAAGCAUGGAUUGAGCGGGAAUGAGAAGUAUGAUGCCGAGAGAAAGGAGAGGCAGGAGAGGGAGAAGGCGGGCGCGAAGCGGAAGUUGGAGAGUAUGAGUACGGGCACGCACACCAGGUUCGAUGGCGCCGCCAAGAGGAUUAAGGCGGCGGAGGAGGGGGGAGAAACGAUUGUCGUUGUCAAGGCGAGUGAGGUAGAUGACGAGAGCCCUGAGAAAGAAAGCACACCAAAAACCAAGAAGUCGAAGAAAGCAAAGCGGAAGUCGAACUCGAAGAGUAGUUAAGCCGCUGCUCGCUACUACCAUCGCGGAAUAAGAGGGGCACCCAGAAGAUUAUGUGGACGCACGAAGAAAGCUGGGCGUGCUCGAUCAGUCUCAUGACUCCUGACAUUUGAUGAUCACGAAACCUCUGGUAUCUUUUAAACAACAAAGGGGAGCAACGAACAGGCACUUCAUGCCAUGCAGCUUCCGAAUGGACCACGACGGAGUGAUACCGGAGACGAAACCAACUCCCAAUGCGACAGAGCACUUGGAUGGAGAUACUGCUCUGCCUGACGAGGUCGACAAAUAUGAUUCAUGCAGAUGUUGCACCUCUCUCUUGCGGGUGCUUGAAGCAUCGAUUGGCUGCGUGAGCUCGAUGCGCAUGCGAAGGUCAGACUGUCAAAGCAGGGGCCUCCUGUGGUAGGCCUGUUGAGACUCAAUCUGUUCCGCAGUUGUCCUCGCGGAGCCUCUUUCUACACUGCUAAGUAGAUGCACGACCUAGGUCUAGAUAUAGCAAGGCAGCGGUAGUGGAUCUGAGGCUGUCGUAAGUCGAGCAACACUGUCUGGAGGCAGCACGACCGGCGAUAUGUCAGUCGAAAUGGAACAAUAUUUGAGAUUGGCAGCCCUAUCGUGGCAUCCUCGCGAGCUCAACCAACUGUGGGAUUGAAGGCCAGGCCGAGCGCAUAUUGAUCAGUCGUCUCCCACCCUAAUAGAAAGCCCGACGGAGCCGCAGUGGUUCUUCGGCCACCGGCAUGAUCUGGUUUCCCUACGCCUGCCGCUGCUCCACCUGUCCUUCUCAGAAUCUUCCCCUUGAGUCUCCUCGCCGUG